ACUUUUAUCAUGCAAUCAUCCAGCGCUGUCUGCAGCUGGGACUUUUCACUCUAACCGUCCUUGUGUUUUCAUUGAAUAAACUCACAGAAGCUUUGACAGACUGCGGUGCCGUCUGGGAACUUUUGUUUGGCUGGAAGAGCGACCCUUUGGCUCUUAUUUGACCGGGGAGCAGAGCAGGAUAAAGCCCGCUGGGCUGACCGAGGUGCCGCUAUGGGAAACCGGGGGAUGGAAGACCUAAUUCCCCUCAUCAACAAGCUCCAGGACGCCUUCAGCUCCAUCGGCCAGUCCUGCAACUUGGAUCUGCCGCAGAUAGCUGUCGUCGGCGGCCAAAGCGCAGGGAAGAGCUCCGUGUUGGAAAAUUUCGUCGGAAGGGACUUCUUACCCAGAGGAUCUGGCAUCGUCACCCGUCGUCCGCUCAUCCUCCAGCUGGUUAACUCUAAAGUGGAGUAUGCAGAGUUCCUGCACUGUAAGGGCCGUAAGUUUGUGGACUUUGAUGAGGUCCGUCUGGAGAUUGAAGCGGAGACUGAGAGGAUCACCGGAUCCAACAAGGGCAUCUCCACCGUCCCCAUCAACCUCCGUGUCUACUCCCCUAAUGUGCUGAACCUGACCCUGAUCGAUCUGCCGGGGAUGACCAAGGUUGCCGUGGGAGACCAGCCUGUGGACAUCGAGCACCAGAUCAUGGAAAUGCUGAUGCAGUUCAUCACCAAGGACAGCUGUCUGAUCCUGGCUGUCACACCGGCCAACACUGACCUGGCCAACUCCGAUGCCCUCAAGAUUUCCAAGGAGGUGGACCCUCAGGGUCUACGGACCAUCGGUGUGAUCACCAAGCUGGACCUGAUGGAUGAAGGGACGGACGCACGAGACAUCCUGGAAAACAAACUACUGCCGCUCCGCAGAGGUUACAUCGGGGUGGUGAACCGCAGUCAGAAGGACAUUGAUGGAAAGAAAGACAUCCGCGCUGCUUUGGCUGCUGAGAGGAAGUUCUUCCUGUCCCACCCAGGGUACAGACACAUUGCAGAACGCAUGGGCACACCACACCUGCAGAAGACCCUCAAUCAGCAACUGACAAAUCACAUCCGUGAUACGUUGCCAGGGUUACGCAGUAAGCUGCAAAGCCAGGUGCUAUCGUUGGAGAAAGAGGUGGAGGAGUACAAGAACUUCCGCCCCGACGACCCAACGCGCAAGACCAAGGCUUUGCUCCAAAUGGUGCAGCAGUUUGGUGUGGACUUUGAGAAGUGCAUCGAGGGCUCUGGUGAUCAGGUGGACACCUCCAACCUGUCAGGUGGAGCAAAGAUCAACCGCAUCUUCCACGAGCGAUUUCCCUUCGAGCUCGUGAAGAUGGAGUUUGAUGAGAAGGAGCUGAGGAGAGAGAUCAGUUACGCCAUCAAGAACAUCCACGGAGUCAGGACAGGCCUGUUCACCCCAGACUUGGCGUUUGAGGCCAUAGUGAAAAAGCAGCUCAUUAAGCUGAAAGAGCCCUGUCUGAAAUGCAUCGACCUGGUCAUCCAGGAGCUCAUCAACACAGUCAGACAGUGCACUAAUAAGCUGGGAUCGUACCCUCGACUGAGAGAAGAGACGGAGAGAAUCGUCACCACCUACGUUAGAGAGAGAGACAGCAAGACCAAAGACCAGGUGCUGCUGUUGAUCGACAUUGAGCUCUCCUACAUCAACACUAAUCAUGAGGACUUCAUUGGAUUUGCCAAUGCCCAGCAAAGGACGGCUGCUAACAUCACCAAGAAGAGAGUCAUGCCCAAUCAGGUCAUCCGCAGAGGCUGGCUCACAAUCAACAUCAGCAUCAUGAAGGGAGGAUCCAAGGACUACUGGUUUGUCCUGACAGCUGAGUCUCUCUCCUGGUACAAAGAUGAGGAGGAAAAAGAGAAGAAGUACAUGCUGCCUCUGGACAACCUGAAGCUGAGAGAUGUGGAGAAGGGCUUCAUGUCCAGCAAACAAGUCUUCGCCAUCUUUAGCACUGAACAGAGGAAUGUGUACAAAGACCUGCGUCAGAUUGAGCUGGCGUGUGACGCUCAGGAGGACGUGGACAGCUGGAAGGCCUCGUUCCUCAGAGCUGGUGUUUACCCAGAGAAAGAUCAGCCUGCGAGUGAAGAUGUGAUGAACCCGAGCGACACCGUGUCCAUGGACCCACAGCUGGAGCGGCAGGUGGAGACCAUCCGCAACCUGGUGGACUCGUACAUCGGCAUCGUUAACAAGUCCAUCAGAGACCUCAUGCCCAAGACCAUCAUGCACCUCAUGAUCAACAGUGCGAAGGACUUCAUCCACUCCGAGCUGCUGGCCUACCUGUACUCGGCCGGGGACCAGGGCAGUAUGAUGGAGGAGUCCCCGGAGCAGGCCCAGAGGAGAGACGAGAUGCUGAGGAUGUACCACGCUCUGAAAGAGGCCCUCGUCCUCAUAGGAGACAUCAGCACCACCACCAUUUCUGUCCCAGUGCCUCCACCUGUAGACGACAAAUGGAUUGCCAAGGACCCGAGUCCUCCACCUGCGUCCCGCCCUGCCGCAGCAACAGCGCCCCCUCCCAGCAGACCCCCUGCAGUGAGGGGCCCCACCCCAGGCCCUCCGCCCCCUCUCAACCCCUCCCCAGCAUUCGGGGGACCGCCCGUUCCGACUCGCCCACCGGGACAAACGGCCUACGCCGGGGAUCCAAACUCUGGAUCUGUGCCUCUAGUUCCUUCACGGCCGGCCCGCGUGCCUCCCGCUCUGCCGCCAGGGAUUCCCAGGCGACCUCCACAAGUCCCCUCUCGUGCAAACCACUGGUGAAGGAUCUCAGAUGUCCUGCACUCCGACUUGUAGCCACACAGCGUCUGACUUUAUAACCUCCUAUGUCCACAUUCUGGAACUGGAUAUAUAUUUUUUGUAAAUAUUUGUAAGGAUUGAAAUGAUGCAGAAUUAUUUGUGUUGAGCUCGCCUCAGCUCACAACAUGGCGUAUAACCUCUGAACAGACAGGCAUGUUAUUAAGCUGGCACUUAGCGUUUAUUAUGUCUGUUACCUCUCAGUAAGUGCUGUUGAAAUACUUGAUAUUUCUCUGACUUGAUCAAUUGGAGGGUGGAUAUGUCAACUUGGAAAAGGAAGAAAAAUCUGUUCGACAAAUUCAAGAAACAAUCUUGAAACAAAGCUGGCAUAAGAUACUGUAUCAUUAAAAUGUGUUAAUGCACACUAUGAUCUAUAAAUAUGACUCCUCUCUGGCCGCCACAUUUGUCACUGUGAUAAAAGUAGAAAUGCUUUAAUGAAGUAACUUUGGGAAUUUAAUCAUUUGAACCCAUCCAGUUUUGUUUCAGAUAUUACUCUGACAAAUGCAGUUAAUUAACCUUAUACCAACUUUAACUUAAUGUCAGGGGUGUUUUUGUUUAAAGUGUAAAGGUCAGACGUUAGGGGGAGCUACAUCAGCAGAAAAUAAGUGCUUCUUUGCCGAUUUGGUCUCAAGUGGCUCAAAGGGAAAACACUACAAACGACAAGCAGUGAUGUUUAAUAGACUAUUUUGUAUAAAAUAUCCCAAAUUACCAGUAAAUAUGGUGCUGUAUGCUGUCAUUAGAUCAUGAUAUGAGCACUAAGGUCUCAUGAUGUACCUGCACAAUAUGCAAUUCCUAACAGAACACAUUUAAAAAAAUAUUACUCUGUUACUAUUUUAUUUAUUUAUCAAAGACAACUCACAACAAACCAUGUAUUUCCUGUGUAAAAAAUGCAUUUAUUGAUAUCAAUAAUCCCCAUGUAAACCUGAAUUUUACUUAUUCUAUUGAAAUGUGUAUUAAAAGCUUGUUCUUAUAAAACAAAACACAGCGGCUGUCUGAGCAGAAUCGAAACGUCACAUUCUGUUGACACAAACAUACAUCUCAGAAAAGGAAAGUUGGAUCGUCUAGAAAAACAAACAGAGACACACAAACACACAUCUACCAAUCAGUAUGUUCACACUGAAUAAUCCUGAUACAUGUCCGAACCGACAUAAAAACAUACCUAUUACAUAUUCAUCUGGAAGCGUACUGACACAUUGUACAUUAUUGGCAAUCACGCUUAAAAUCAUCUCAGCAUGGACUCGAGCUGUAAAAAAAAAGAAGUCAGUAACAUCUCUAUGAAAACGGCUGUAACCAAGGAAACACCUCGUCAGACGGACAUAUCUCUAAAAUAAAGGAGAGAUCGUAAACUGCCAGGAAGAACAAAUACACCAACAACACUAUUGCACAUUGUUAUCCCUUGUACACCAGCAGACCAAGAGCUCUGUUGAUCACUUGUAGAGUUGUGUCAUUUAAAGGGCCCAUGUCAUGGCCAUUUCCAUUAUUGAGGUCUACUAUAAUAGAUUUAUAUUGUGCAAUUUUCCAAACUCACAUUGGUUUCGCAUACAGCAUCUCUGUAAACU